GGUGCGUUUAUGUGGCACCACCACCCUUUCAGCAAUACAUAUAUAUAUACUGAUACAAUUUAUUGAACAAAGAACAAAUUAAAAACUCUGUACACUAUUCCAUUUCGCAUUUAUGUGUUCAUCAAUUUGUGGCUAGUAAUGUGUCAAGCAACAUGGGCGGAAUGCAUCAAAAGUAUUAUUCUAUUGCAUUUAAAAUACUUGACAAUUUCACAUUUCAAUGUUUUCAGUGACAUCAAUUUGUAUAACAUAUAAAAGAACGAUAAUGCUUGAGGUCUCUUUAUGACAAGACACGUAAUAAAGUCAAAUACCAUUGAAAUAUGAAAAAAUACAAUAAGCAUGUAUAAUACAAAAUAACAUUUUUAAAAAACUGCUUCAUAAAUACAAAUACUGUAGAUAACAAUAUAACAACCUACAGUUAAGGCACAUAUGGAAGAUGUACACAAAUUUAGUUCAUUUCUGAUUCUUUUUGUUCUGAAUCCUACUAAAAAGACCAUACAUAUAUACUUAAUAGAAUAUUCACAUUUAACUCCCAUUAUUCACUCUUCCUUUAUAUACAAAUUCACACAUACUGCUUUCCAAAUAUAACAAAAAAUUAAAAAUAAAAGGUAGACAGAGAAAGUGAUAACAAAUGACUAUCAAAACAGGAACCCAUACGAAAUAAAAUUGUCAAUAACAUUUUAUAGAAGCAUAUUUAGUAUUCCCUUUCGAAACGUCAACUUAAAAUAGCACCUAAGAUACUUAUAUAAAUGCACUAAUUUUUAAAUGCUCUUCUACAGAGCUACUUUGUGGAUAAAGUUCCUAUUUCAAACUGCUCUCUCCAGUCAUGGCUUAUAGAUACCAUCAAAUAAUUAUUGCUACUUUUUUGAACCUGUUAUUUAAUAACAUUUUGUUAAUAUUAAUUCUUCAAACCAACAGUAUAAAUGCACACUCUGAUAACAUUUUUAUUACACUCUUGGAACUUUCAUAUCUUGAAAAAAACUGUCAUACUGAUUUUGAAUUCAGUACAAAAUAUUAAAAAUAACCCAAUAGCUUUACCACUGAGGGUGUAAACUCAUUAAACAUUGGUUUUUGUACUCACAAGUCCCUACAUCGAUUUGCAGUUAUCUAACAUAUUAAUACAUUGAGAUAAAGGGGAUCAUUAGAAAAAUAUAAUACAAAACUUGGAAGAUUACAGUGUAAAAAUUAUAUCAAUGAAUACCUAGUCAUUAAGCAUAAACUAUGAAGCAUCACAAGGAAACACUUAAGAAAUGAUUAUUGUAACUACUUGGCUUGACUAAGAAAUUGGAGGCUAAACCUCAAAGAAAUACACAUGACAUCCAAUAAUUGUAAGCAUUGGCUGCUAUUAAUCAUUAUACAUUCCAUCAAUCAGAAAGUCCAUUCGCCUGUAAUGUCUACGUUCCCAAAAUUCUUUACUCCUCUUAUAUAAAAACAUAGCCAACACAAUGAGUAAGGGAGCAGCAAAUAUCGUUGCAACUACAGGAAUGACAUAAUCAUUUUCUGGAUUUGUUAAAGAAUAGGAAUUAUUAUCUACAUCACUAUCAUCUCUAGUGAAUUCUGGUUUCGGUUUAGGUGGGGUCAACUCAGAAACAUUUAACGUGUUUUCUGAGGAACUGUUUUGAAUUCCAUUUCUUGAAACUGGAAAAUUUGUUAACAUAGUUGAACUUGAUGUACUCUGGUUUAAGUUUCCUUGUGAUGAAGUUGAAACUCUUGUCGUGCCAUUAGCAUUAGUUGAAUUUAUAGUAAAGUUACUAGUCAAAUUAUUGGGCCGGAUGGUAGAGGGAGUCAUAUUAGACACAUUGGUUGCAACAGAUUUCUGCCCUAAUUCUAUAGUUUUCGUAGGCUCAUUGCUGUUCUGCUCAACAGGAGUUUCUUCUAAGCUUGUUUCUUUUGUUGCAUCAACUCCUUUUCGCCCAAUAUGAGGUUUAUGAUCUGAUGAUAUACUGGAAUCGUUGAGGCCAAAUGGAAUUUCAUAUUGGAGAAUCUUUUCAUUAAGUGUUUCGUUCUGUAUAGAUGUUUUUGAUGUACUCGAAUCAUAAUUUUUGUCCGUAAAUGCUGGAGACAUUGACCCUCCCUCCCCAAAAAACACUUGUUUGGUUUUAUUUUCGCUAUGGUUAACAUCACCCAACAUAACGUUAGUAUUGCUUGUAUUUAAACUUGUGAACCAUUUUCCGGCACUGGGAUUUAUUUCAGCCUUCAGAGUGUCAUUAUUGCAUGAGACGUUAACAAUAUACAACACAUAUGUUAAAAUAAAUAACAACAUACGAAAUUGAACUAUGCAAUACAUGGCUUCACACUUCAGUAAAUAAAUCAAUCUGUUGGGAUUUGCCUAUGGCGAUUCUAUUCUAAUCAACUGACUUUCCGCAUAUUCCAGACGUGUAACUUGCACACGUGCAGCAGUCUUCAACUCACGUCACGUUACACACUUUUUGUUGUAAUGUAAUAAACUAUUUUGGAAGGUACCCACGCUUAGUUACAAUUUCUUCCACUAGACAUCGCUGAGUGUUGUUUCUUUUGACCGGGUUACGCCCCCUUUUCUGCAUUUUGCUUCGAAUCGGAAACGCAAAUGACCGCUUGCAGCAGCCUUGAAGGUCAGGAGUAACAGACGUCAGGGCCUGGCCAAGACGGUCAGAUGCUAAGACAUUACAGAUUCAUCACAGCUUUCCUGUUCUAAUACUUAGCACUGAACCUCUUUAGACCAGCUUAGAUUCGCUAGGAAGAAGCUAGGCAUUAGUGUAGUCGAUUUUGCUGUUCACCUUUAUGUUAGAAAUCUAUCCCCGGAGCCUGGCUUUUUUAGAAAUAGAAUGAGAAGUCGCAGCAAUUCAGGUGUCCGGCUGGACUAUUACCAGAGGAUUGUUCAUAAUAUCAUUAUGCAUCAUCAGCAUCCAGUUACAGGGUUAUUUCCAGCAAGUUCAGAUAACAAUCAUGCAUGGAUACGUGACAAUGUCUAUUGUAUAUUAGCAGUAUGGGGUUUGUCAAUGGCCUACAAAAAAAUAGCAGAUAUGGAUGAAGAUCGUGCAAAGACAUAUGAGCUUGAACAGAGUUGUGUCAAAUUGAUGCGAGGUCUUCUCAUGGCUAUGAUGCAACAGAAGGAUAAAGUUGAACAAUUUAAAUCAACUCAAAACCCUUUAGAUGCUAUACAUGCAAAAUAUAGUUCAAGUACAGGACAAUCUGUUGUUGGAGACAGUGAAUGGGGACAUUUACAAAUUGAUGCUAUCUCUCUUUAUCUUUUAAUCUUGGCACAGAUGACUGCAUCAGGUCUCCAAAUAGUUUUCAAUUUAGAUGAAGUAGCUUUUAUACAGAAUUUAGUGUUCUACAUAGAAUCAGCCUACUGCACUCCUGAUUAUGGAAUUUGGGAACGUGGAGACAAGACUAAUCAUGGAUUGCCAGAACUGAAUGCAAGUUCAAUUGGAAUGGCUAAGGCUGCUUUGGAAGCUAUGAACGAAUUAGAUUUGUUUGGUGCCAGAGGCGGUCCAACAUCAGUCAUUCAUGUGUUGGCUGAUGAAGCACAGAAAUGUCAAGCUGUACUGCAGUCUAUGCUACCUAGAGAAUCGAGUUCAAAAGAACUGGACAGCGGUUUAUUGUCAGUUAUCAGUUUCCCAGCCUUUGCAGUUGAUGAUCCUCAACUUAUCCAACAAACACGGCAUGCCAUAAUAACACGUUUGCGAGGUCGUUUUGGAUGCAAAAGGUUUCUGAGGGAUGGAUAUCGAACACCAAAAGAGGACCCAAAUCGUUUGUAUUACGAGCCUUGGGAACUUCGCAUGUUUGAGAAUAUAGAAUGUGAAUGGCCUCUGUUCUACUGCUAUUUGAUCUUGGACUACUGCUUUCAAGGAAAUAAAGAUGCAGCUGCUGAGUACACAGCAGCUUUGGAAGAAAUUAUGAUAAAGACAGAAGAUGGCAUCAGACUAGUACCAGAACUGUAUGCUGUACCUUCUGACAAAGUGCCUGGAGAAUACCAAGAACCUGGAAGUCAAAAAAGAGUACCUCUUGGGCGAUGUCCAUUUUUAUGGGCACAGUCUCUUUAUCUACUUGGCAAACUACUUCAGGAGGGGUUUCUUGCUGUUGGAGAAUUGGAUCCCCUCAAUCGAAGAUUAUGCUCAGAAAAAAAGCCAGAUGUAGUUGUUCAGGUGGUUAUCCUUGCUGAAGAUGAUGACAUUAGAGAGAAAUUACAUCAACAUGAUAUAAUUGUGCAGACUAUGGCAGAAGUAGCACCAAUAGAAGUGCAACCUGCGAGUGUACUCAGUCAUUUAUACACAUAUUUGGGUCGCAAUAAGAAGCUGAAUUUAACAGGACGGAAAUCUCGAGAUGUAGGAAUUCUGAGUACCAGUAAGCUGUAUUCUCUACAUGAUCGUAUAUUUGCUUUCACACCUCAGAAUAUAGAUAUGGAGCACUAUUACAUGGCAAGUGAUGUUGAUUUGCUGGUGAACAAUUUCAAGAACCAACUGGCUUUCCUUACAAUGAAUUGGAGGCAUAUGUUGGGAAGACCUACAAUCACAAUGAUAGGGCAUUCUGGGCUCUUAGAUCAAGGAAAAAUUCCAUUAGCAAUAAUAACAACAAUAAAGAAGUUAAAAAGUGGCUACAUUAAUGGAACAAGAGUUAUGUUGGGUAAUUUAAAUGAUUUUUUGAACACAUCUUGUAUUACCAAUCUUAGUUUUCUUGGUAGCCAAGAAGAUGGAUUGCCCGAUCGACUUAAUCCCCAAGUUCAUAAAUAUCUUGAAGAACAUUUACUGAAGUCUAUAACACCAAGAUCUCAACUGUUGAGCCGAUCACCAUCUCAAAAGAAGAGGUCUCUCAGGAGACGAAUGUCUGUCAAAGGAGCUAUCAGAAAGACUAGAUCUAUUGCUGUGGAACCUGAAAGUUUGGGUAUGCACAGUGAUGAGCGACGUCUUUCAUUAGCUCAAAUAACACCUAUGUGCCUGGAGUCAGAUGUGAGGAAUGGAAAAGCACGAUCACCUUCCCCAGAAGAUGUUGUACCACUGUGGAAACAACAUGGGCAUCGACAGAGAAUGACCUCAGAAGCUCAAUAUGCAGAUACAGAAGUUGAAGAAUUACUGACAAUGUUGAGGGAAACUGAAGUUCUAGAAGAACAAGGAGAUAUAUUACAAUAUCUAGUUGAUUCUCAAGGACUUAAUUUUAAUACAGGAAUGUUAGAUGAUGGAAAGUCUGUUACUGUGAAAGAUCUUCUGAAAGUUCUUUAUGAGAAAGCCUGUCAGCAGAAGUUAUGGGGUUUAGUACGUCAUACAGCUGGUAUGUUAGGGAAACGAGUGGAAGAUUUAGCGAAAGCUGUAACUGACCUGCUUGUUAGGCAAAAGCAGGUCACCGUUGGAAUGCCUCCUACUAAUGAACAUACAAUAACUGCUCCACUUCCGGAAUGUGAACUUCGGCAACUUAUUCAUCAAGCAUAUGGAGACGAUGAGAGCACUGCAAUGCUAACUCAGGAAUUACUUGUCUAUUUAGCAAUGUUCAUAAGAACAGAACCCCAGCUUUUUCAUGAAAUGCUAAGAUUACGUGUUGGACUUAUCAUUCAAGUGAUGGCCACAGAAUUGUCUCGAACACUGAUCUGUACUGGUGAAGAAGCAUCAGAGCACCUGUUAAAUUUGUCUCCAUUUGAAAUGAAGAAUCUCUUGCACCAUAUUCUGAGUGGCAAAGAGUUUGCUUUAAGUAGCGUUGGCCGAGGCAAUUUUUCAGUCAUUAGUGCAAAAUCCAGUCGAGUUAGUAAGAAAAGUCAGAUUGGCUCCUUGCUGAGUAUAGAAAGCGACAUUGGAGGGGAGGUGGAAGCCGAUCGUCAAGGACAAUGGUUGCGCAGACGUCGCCUUGAUGGGGCUCUCAACAGAGUUCCAAGAGAUUUUUAUCCUAGAUUGUGGCAUGUACUGGAAAGAUGUCAAGGACUUGCAAUUGAAGGGCGUGUUUUGCCUCAAAAUUUAACGCAAGAGAUGACCUCGGGAGAACUGAAGUUUGCAUUAGCAGUUGAAACUGUUUUGAAUUCAAUUCCCCAACCAGAAUUCCGACAGCUAAUUGUGGAAGCACUUAUGGUUUUAACAUUGGUAGCAGAAUACAACGUUGCUUCUUGGCUAGGGAAUAUCAUUGCGGUUGAAAAUCUAGUUCACAAAGCAAAUCAAAUUUUUCUUGAAGAUCAGAUAAAAGUGAAUGGGGAUGCAACAUUAUGCUGUGCAAAGCCCAGAGAACAGAGAGAAAUGACCUCAUCAGGAGGCCUGCUUUGUGGGGGUGCUGCGUAUGUCUGCCAACAUUUUUAUGACAGUGCACCUAGUGGAAGCUUUGGCACCAUGACCUAUAUCACUCGAGCAGUAGCUACGUUACUUGAUUGUCUACCAAAAGAAGGAGAUCUUGAUUGCAGUAUCAGUUAAGAAAAGAUUUGUAAAGACUGAAGGUUACUUUGUAGAGUUUAAAGUGUGUGAGAUUUUGGUUGAAUAUGAUAGAAUGGUUAUUUGGUUUUAGUGGAUUUUGAUACUAUGACAUCUCCACUUGAUUGAUAGGUGAGAAAUAACUCAGUUGUUUCAGUAAUGCCAUGUUCAAAAAUUCUAAUAACUGAGACUAAAGAAGGCUUUGAUUUGUCAUGUUCUGUCUUCAAGAUUUUCAAUUGCAAGUGUUAAUAACUUGAAUGAAGGAAUACUUUAUUGCUUUAAAAUUUUAACAUAUGAAUUUAGUAUGUUAAAAGAACCUAAUGACCUGAAUCUUCUUUUUCCUUAUAUUUAGGUACAAGUAUCACAUUUUUGUAGCAUGUGCAUAAAAAUGACUACAUAUUAAGAGUGAACCUAUGUAUGUAUAUAUAAUUUCACAUAUUUAUUUUGAAUAUUGAACAUUUCUUUAAUUACAGCUGUUCACCUUUUUAGCAUUGUGGUCCCUUUAUGCAAUAAUUAAUAUCACAAUGAAAAUAUCUAUAAGGAUUUCUUUGGUGCAAAAAUUAACAACAAAAUCAGAAACCAAGUAUUAAACCUAAAUACCAUUUAGGAAAGCUCUCCAAGAUGAUGAAAUUUUGCUUUUUAAUUUUACGUAUAUCUUUUCAUGUUCUCAUAUCUUUUUAGUGAAACCUUAUUUGGAAACUACUAAACUGUUGCAAUUCAUUGUUGUUAGGUCCUGCACUUUAAUGAUUGGUGAAAACCUAAGGUUUUAUUAUGAAAUACACUGAAAACAGAUGAAGUCUCCUAUCACUAGAAUUUAUGUAUAUUUUUACUUCUCCAAGUCGUAAGUUGAAGCUACAUGGCCUCUUAUAAGCAAAAACAGAGUGUUUUUCAGGAUUGUUAAUACGUUAUGAUUUUUUUUUGUACAUAGAGUAAAAAGCUUUUAAAGAAAC